GAAAUCAAAUCAAGCCUAGCGAGCUAAGGAGAUACAUACUUUCAUCAGAGAAAUUAAUAUCAUUCUAGCUAGCUAAUUGGACUUAAUUUGAAACUAUGGAUAGAGAAAUGGUCACGAAGCUUGCAACAUCUCUGGCGGUUCCUUCAGUGCAAGAACUUGCAAAGCAACCCAUCACCAAAGUUCCUGAACAAUAUGUUCGUCCAAACCAAGAGCCUCCUGUUAUAUUCAAUACAAUCUCUUUACCACAAGUUCCAGUCAUUGAUUUCAAUAAAUUGUUUUCUGAGGAUGAUGGAACUGAGCUAGAGAGGCUUGACCAUGCAUGCAAAGAAUGGGGUUUCUUCCAGCUGAUCAAUCAUGGAGUCAAUCCUUCAUUGGUGGAAAAAAUGAAGAUGGAUGUUCAAAAGUUCUUCAACCUUCCAAAGGAGGAGAAGAAAGUAUUUUCGCAGAAACCAGGGGAGAUAGAGGGACUUGGCCAGAUGUUCAUUGCAUCCGAGGAAACCAAAUUAGAAUGGGCAGAUUUAUUCUUUAUUGUCACUCUCCCACAAAACAUAAGAAAUCCUCACUUGUUUCCAAAUCUUCCUCAGCCAUUCAGAGAUCAUCUAGAGAGGUAUGCCUUGGAACUGAAAAAUCUCUAUGUCACAAUCCUUGAGUUUAUGGCAAAAGCUCUAAAGUUUCAACCAAGUGAAUUGCCAGAGCUAUUUGAAGAAGGAUGUCAUCAAGCAAUGAGGAUGAAUUACUACCCUCCAUGUCCCCAACCAGAAAAAGUUAUGGGACUCAAUCCUCAUUCUGAUAGUUCUAUCCUAACCCUCCUUCUCCAAGUUAAUGAAAUUGUAGGCCUUGAAGUAAGAAAAGAUGGAAGGUGGAUUCCUGUUAAACCUCUCCCGAAUGCUUUUAUCAUCAAUGUUGGAGACUCGUUGGAGAUAAUGACUAAUGGUAUUUAUCGAAGCAUCGAACAUCGAGCAACAGUGAACUCUGAGAAGGAGAGGAUUUCCAUUGCCACAUUUCAGACUCCAAGAUUAAAUGCAUUUAUAGGUCCAGCACCGAGCCUUGUCACCCCUGAAAGACCUGCAAUGUUCAAUAGAAUCAGUGUAGAAGAUUUCUACAAAAGAUACUUUUCAGACAUGCUACAGGGGAAAUCGCACAUUAAUGCCUUGAGGAACAAAAAUGAGUGAUCAUGAAACUAUGUAUGAUUGGCUUUCAUGGGAUGGAAAAAUAAAAUAAGAACAUAUGAAAUAAUCAUGUGAUUAUGUCACGUGUGAUUGGUUGUGUAUAAUAAAGCCACCAUGUAAGCUCAUUUGAGACAACAAAGUUUCAUUCAGUAUUGGCUUAAAUAUGUUGGAGGUCCCUCUAAAAUAGAGGUACUUUGGUUUCGGCCCCUACAAAAUAUUUUUUUUGGAAUACAUCCCUACUUGAAAAAUAAUAUGGAGUGAUAAGCCCGCCACCGUUACAAGAAUUGUUAGUUUUUUAACAGAGGAUGACGUUGUAGUCACAUCAUCAGGCCACAUCAUCAACGUUGCCAAGUAAGCACAUGAGCAAAUGUUUAAAAUAAAAAAAAACCUGGAUUCGAACACAGGUCUUGUGGUAAGUAUCUUUAAUUUUAAGUUGCAGGCCUUGUGUUCGAAUCCUGGUUACAUAUUUUUUUUUAUUUUAAACAUUUGCUCAUGUGCUUACUUGGCAACAAUGAUGACCUGACCUGGUGAUGUGGCUGUCACGUCGUUCUCCGUUAGAAAACUAACGAUUCUUGUAACGUGAGGGCUUAUCCCUCCAUAUUAUUUUCCAAAUAGGGGUGUAUUCCCCACACAAAAAAUUUGUAGGGGCCUAAACCAAAGUACCCCUAUUUUAGAGGGACCUCCAACAUAUUUAAGCCUUCAGUAUUUGUAUAUACCAUUUAUAAAUUCGGUUUGUAACCAUGAAUAAUAAAAUUUAUUAAGUAAUGACUAAAAUUUGUGACUA